UUUCUAUUGAUCAUCGCUUCUUUGUAAAGCUCGAAUAUCCUCCAAAUCAGUUCGAAUGCUGUAGUAGUCACGAGAACACAUAAAGUUCACAUAGCUCUCUUUUGAAUUUCUAACAUUUUCCUUUGAAAUCAGCCUAAAAAUGCCUUUCGUCCCAGCUGCCACCGAAAAAUGCGCUAAAUGCGACAAAUCAGUCUAUGCUGCUGAAGAACGUGUUGCCAAUGGCCACAAAUACCACAAAGGAUGCUUCAAAUGCAGCAUGUGCAGCAAAUUCUUGGAAUCAACAAACUGCAACGAACACGACAAGGAAUUGUUCUGCAAAAACUGCUAUGGUCGUAAAUACGGACCAAAAGGAUAUGGUUUCGGCGGUGGUGCUGGUGCCCUUUGCAUGGAUGAUGGCUCACAUCUUAAAUCCCACUUCGACAAUUUUACUACUAAUCAAUAAGUGGUAGAGUGUCAUGCAUGACAUCUCCCCUGGUCUUUGUCCGUCCAACAUCCCAACCUGCAGAACGUACAUAAAGGACCUACAAAUGCAAUAUCAAAUACCAACCAAAAAUAUAUCCAAAAAUCAAUUCAUUUAAUUUUUACCAUCCAAAAUUAAACGAACAAAACAAUCAUUGUUCGGUUCUCAUUUUCAAAAUAAAACCAUCAAUGCAAUAAACUUAACAGAGAACAAUUUCAAUAAAAUUUAUUACUCAUAAA